AUGGACGGAUCUUUCUCGGCUCAGGAGGGCCGCGCGUCGGCUGGGAUGGUGCUACAAAGGGAGAAUGGUUCAACAAUAUUUGCGGCUUAUAGAUAUAUCUUCAACUGUAACGACGCCUUAGACGAAACGGAGAUUCAUGCUUUAAUACAGGGUAUGGCACUGGCCAUUGAGCAUUCGGAUAUGUCUAUCAUUGUCCAGUCAGAUUCUACAAGUGCUUUGGCCACCAUUGAAGGAGAUACGUUGUGUAGGUCGGCCUACGGACACUUAGCUGCGGAGAUUAAAGCUUUUAUGGUUGAUAGAGAGUUUCUUCCACUGAAAAUUAGUAGAGAUCAGAAUAAGGUAGCACAUCAACUGGCUCUUUAUAGCCGUACCAAUGCUUGUACUGCAGUAUGGCUGAAUUCAAGCCUACCUUUCUAUGAGGACUUGUUAUCUCGUGAUUAUAACUCGAUCAUUAUGAAAUAA